UUUACAUCUUAAUCGUGUGAUCGAAACAUCUUCAGACCAUGCCCAAAGUCAUCAGCUACACUCCGCCCUGGCUCUCGCGCCCUUCGCCUGGUGCGUCGAUUUUCUCAAGCGCAGGGACCAAACACCCCGAAAACCUCCAGCCAGCUCAAGAUCAGCAGUAUGCGGGGCCCAAGCGCAUUCAGGCCAAGAGAGGGAAUGAACUUUUCACCGUGGUGAAUAACCAGAUCCGCUGGUCCGAUCUCACCAGGGUCAAGGACGAAUGGCAGCAUCAAAGACGCCUGAAGAAUGGAAGUUCGGAAACACGACCUGAGCAUGAGAAGAGUGUGCAUUACAAGGUCUUGUUAACCCCGGUUCACGAAAAUAUCCGUCAACUUGUUCCGUCUCCCAACGGCGCGUUCUUAGCUAUCGUAGCCGACCACACCGUGUUCAUCGCUGUCCUUCCAGACCCGUCGCAUUUGGCUGGCACCGACACCCUUCCAAUCCGCGUCAAGACCUACCAGCUCGGACCGACCACGCACGUUAUCCCCGAGUCUCCUGUUGUUUCCGCACUAUGGCAUCCAUUGGGGGUACACAGCAACCUGGCGGGCUGUCUAGUAACAAUCACCGCAGAUGCUGCCGUCCGGGUGUGGGAGAUCGAUCGCAAUAAUCAUUGGUCUUUUGAUCGACCGACGCUGGCGGUGGACCUGCGGAAGUUGAUUGAUGGAACGUCAUGCGAUGAGGAUUUCGCGCCCUUGGGGUUCGGAAGAAACAAGGGUUUCUCGGCGGACUACAUCGAUAUGGAAGUAGCCUCUGCUGCCUUUGGUGGCAUCGGCGUUGCCAAGGAAGAUGCCUGGGCUCCCAUGACCCUUUGGGUUGCGAUGCGGCCGGGCGAUCUGUACGCUUUGUGUCCUUUGCUCCCCACCAAGUGGAGAGCGCCUCUGACGACUGUCCCGGCACUCACUACAGCUAUUCUUCCAAAGCUCGCGAGUUUGCAGGAGGAUCCUGCGGAGUUCGAAGAUGAACUUGCGGCUUGCCGUCAACAGUAUGACUGGCUCACCGAGAUUGACACCCAGGAGCCGCUGCUCACUGAUGUUGAGUCCGACUACGAAGUCCGUACACGCCCUGCAACCCCCAGCGCUAUCCCGAGACUGCAAGGUCCCUUCCGUCUGGACACCGGUGAUGAGAUUGACGACCUUGACCUAUGCGAUAUCCUUGUAGUCGCUGCCAGGGCUGACAUCGACGCUCUCAUGACGGGUGAGGAGGUUGACCUGGCGCUGGAAGACGACGGGGAGGACAAAUUGUCGGCUACCGUGAUUUGCUUGUCGAGUGGAAGUGGCAGGAUCUAUGUCUGCCUGGAGCUUGAUGGCGUUGAAGGGCAGUGGCUCCCCAAGAGCCGGCAAAAUGUUUUCCGCACACCAGUAUCCGACCCAUGCGACCUACUCUUGGUGGAAUCGUUGGAUACCGUGAAGGCACAGGCGGACCACUGGCCGACAUUCACCAAGGACGUCUAUUCCCGCUACAACUUCUUUGUCACUACGGCGACCAAUGUGACUUUCUUUUCCCUUGGCUCCUGGGUGCAAAGAUUGGAAGCCGAACUGCAGUCGGAAGACACCAGUGGAAGUGCGUUCCGCCUGCAAGUUCUGUGUGAAGGGACCGCGUCUCUGCGAGAGCAGCUCAUUGAAGUGGACGAUAACGUUGGGGAGGACAAGGACCAUUCCGCCCACCUGCCAGCGUCUUUGGUAUACUACGACUACGACCUGGGGUAUCUGCUUCUGACGUCCCGCGGCUCUGUUCCUUAUGCCGCGAUCCUGGACGCGCCGGAGGUCUCCUUACCUUCGAUUGGCGAGUUGCAGAUCUUCGACUCGCAAGAUGGACCUCGGUCGCCUGUACUCCCGCCUCGCCGCCCUCCCUACCAAGUGCCACCCAUCUUCUAUUCGGAAUCACCCCUGGGUUCCUUUGUGGAGAAACAUGUUCCGCAUCGCCAGCGCCAAGCCCUCAAGGAGCAAGUUCGCUUGUCGCCUGCGACCCUUGAUCUAGUUGCUGCCGCCCAUCGGAUUCUGUCCGCGCAUACGAACGCGCUGGAGAGAGCUGCUUCGGAUCUGUUCCGCCGAUGCGAACGUCUGCAGGGGGAGAUGCGAGACCAACUGAAGCAAUUGGCUGAUGUUGCGGAUAGGGUGCGGGGUGUUUCCAGUGAGCUUGGUGAGGACGGCAAGCGGAUUGAAGGAUCGCGGACCGGAGAGGCCCUUGAUAAGAGACUUCAGGCCGCGAAGGACAGACAGACCGAGCUUGUGCAGCGAUAUGAGGCUCUUCGGAAUAAGCUCAUGAAAUCUGGUGGAAGACCUUUGAGCGACAAAGAAAAGGCAUGGUUCCAGGAGGUGAAGAGACUCAGUGAUUCAUUCGGCGAAGCGACAGAGGACUCGCAACCGGGCCAGGAAAGUCGUCAAGCCAUUGCUCAGCGCCUCGAAACGGCCAAGGAACUUGCACGCGAUAUGCUUGCCGAAGCGAAGACGGUUGCUGCUAGACUUCCCGCUGUCGACGCCAGCAGCCCAGCUUCAGCGCAACCGACGAUCCCAUACCGACUUCAACGGACGAAAGUUGGGGAAGCGAUGAGAAUGGUGGAACGAGAGUCUGCGAUCAUCGACUCGAUCACGUCCCGGUUGGAACGACUCAACACCACUAUCUGAUUGCGGUUGUUAGAUGAAAACUUGGAGACUCAAUCCUUGCUCUAUACCUACUUCUUGAUACUCGAGGAUUUGCGAAUUCACACAAAGACAUUCAAUUUGUUUAUUAUAUCAUGAAACGGGGGCAUUUCGCACCCCGCACAAACGUAGCAGAACC